GUGACGCGUUUGUGCUGUUAGUCUUUGCAGCUGUUUUUGUGUUAUAUUCUAGUCUUUGUAAUGUUGUUACAGUGUUCUCAAGGAUGACUGUGCAAACCCUGUGACUUUUAACUAAAAACCACGAAGCACUUCAACGUAACUGAGGAACAUCUCAAUUCCUAAAGCAAACAGGGACUUUUCCAUUCGAGCACCUUGUACUCUGUCUGCAUUACACUUGCCCUGUUUGGUGCAGCACCCUGGGGAGGGAGGGCUCCAGAGCGGACCGUGUCUCCAUUGGGAGAUGGCCUUAUUUUCCUCGGCUGGUGGAGUGGGGUAUGGUGCCUGCAGUGAGAGCAGGAGGACAGUCAGCACGCACUGUGGGGUCAGUAGGAUAGUGCUCAGGAGGAGAAAAAACAGUGAGCAAACUAUCCUUGCUGUUGCAGGGAAAAAAAUCCUGUGUGAAUGAGGCUGGUGUGCCUGAAGGGGUUUUCUUCUUGUUUGCUUUUACUCGCCUUGCCCUCCCCAGUCUUACAAUGUAAGCUCUACUUCAUAAAAAUGCAAUGAAGACGUGUUGGACAUGUAGAAAAUUCAGUGACCAGAGGUGUUACUUUGACUCUUUAUUUUCAUUCCUUGAGUUUCAAAUGCCGCUUGAAAGUUCCCAUCUUACUGACAGUGGGCCAGGUUUAUUGCAAAACUUUGUAUAUAUCUUUUGCUAAUUAAAAUUGUACUAUGCUUAAUUUUCUUGAUGUUUAUCCACAUUGCAUCAGCAAUUAGUUUUUCAUUUCAUUAGCAGUCUAUCAACGUAAUUGCUGUAGAGAUCAUCAAGAAGAACUGUGUUGAGUAAUGCAGCACCACCUCAAGUUGUGCGAGUUGCCAGGUUCUGUGUGAGGAUUUGUGCUUUGCUCCCUUUCAUGGCCUGAUUGGUGUUUGACAGCUGCCCUCCUGCUGAAGCAUGGGUUGCCACGUUCUCAGCCAAGAAAUCUGCAAGCUAAACGAAGUUCCUAAACUGAUUUAAAUCUCUUGAAAUAAAACCGUAUGAUAAAUAACCGGGAAUUUAAUUUACAACAGCUCAUCAGGAAGCAAAGCUAAUGCAUUUCUCUUUAUCAGCAGCGGAAGAAGUCAAAAUAGUGUAGCCCAAACCACUGGCUCUCUUGUCUUGGAGCUGAUGAUAAUGUCUGAACUCUAGGAUUGCUCGUAUACUAGUUUGACUUUUUUUAUUUUCCUUUCUGUGUCAAUUUUGUGUCCUGCAAUUUCUCACCAUGCGCACCUGCCUGACAGCUGAGGCUCUGGGACGGGGUGACAUUCAGCCCCAGUUGGACAGUGCUCUGCAGGAUGUCAAUGAUAAGUACCUGCUGCUUGAAGAAACUGAGAAGCAAGCUGUCAGAAAAGCUCUCAUCGAGGAGCGUGGUCGAUUCUGUACUUUCAUCUCGAUGCUGCGGCCUGUGAUAGAAGAAGAAAUAUCAAUGCUGGGAGAAAUAACCCAUUUACAGACCAUAUCCGAUGACUUGAAAAGUCUCACCAUGGAUCCACACAAGUUACCAUCUUCAAGUGAACAGGUAAUUUUAGAUUUGAAAGGUUCUGAUUACAGCUGGUCUUACCAGACUCCUCCAUCCUCUCCCAGUACCACCAUGUCCAGAAAAUCUAGUGUUUGCAGCAGUCUGAACAGCGUUAACAGUAGUGAUUCCCGGUCCAGUGGCUCGCACUCGCACUCACCUAGUUCACACUAUCGCUAUCGCAGCUCCAAUCUGCCUCAGCAGGCACCCAUGAGGCUGUCCAGUGUGUCCUCCCAUGAUUCUGGAUUCAUGUCCCAGGAUGCUUUCCAGUCCAAAUCGCCAUCCCCUAUGCCACCAGAAGCACCUAACCAGAAUUCGUCCAGCUCUGCCUCUUCUGAAGCCUCUGAAACCUGCCAGUCAGUGAGCGAGUGCAGUUCCCCCACCUCAGUCAGCUCAGGCUCCACCAUGGGGGCUUGGGCCUCCACAGAUAAGUUGUCUAAUGGGUUUUAUCACUGUAGUUUAUCAAGUGACCCAUCCGUAGCUUCAGUUGGUGCAGGUCCUUUCCCUCAUUUCCCGCCUGUCUCCCGCGCGUGGACUCGGGCUCCCUCAGCCCUCCUUCCAGACUACGUUCAUUAUUACACCAUUGGGCCAGGCAUGUUACCAUCAUCUAAGAUCCCUAGCUGGAAGGACUGGGCCAAACCAGGCCCAUACGAUCAGCCAAUGGUGAACACGUUGCAGCGCCGGAAGGAGAAGCGCGAGCCAGAUCUCAAUGGCGGAGCUCAGAGCGGCCCACCUGUCCCAGCCGAGGAGGCCCAGAGACCUCGGAGCAUGACGGUGUCGGCUGCCACAAGGGGUGAGGAAAUGGAGCCCUGCGAGGAGCUGGCACUCGCUCUGACAAGAGGUCUGCAGCUCGACACCCAGAGGAGCAGCCGGGAUUCCCUGCAGUGCUCCAGCGGUUACAGCACCCAGACCACAACUCCGUGCUGUUCAGAGGACACGAUCCCAUCUCAAGUUUCAGAUUAUGAUUAUUUCUCUGUGAGUGGUGACCAGGAGGCAGAACAACAAGAGUUUGACAAAUCUUCCACCAUCCCAAGAAACAGCGACAUUAGUCAGUCCUAUCGCAGAAUGUUUCAGACCAAGCGUCCCGCUUCCACUGCAGGUCUGCCAACCACGCUCGGACCGGUCAUCGUCACCCCCGGCGUCGCCACCAUCAGGCGGACCCCCUCCACCAAACCUUCCGUCAGACGUGGCACCAUAGGGGCAGGUCCAAUCCCCAUCAAGACGCCGGUGAUCCCCGUCAAAACACCGACCGUCCCCGAUAUCCCAGGGGGGCUGCCGGGCGUCCUCGCUGGGACUGAAGAGUGUCCCGAGCAAAGUCCCGAGUCCCCAGCAGCAGGAGACGGCGGGCAGAGCGUCCCCAGCAUGCCCUCCUCCUCAUGGAGCGGACAAGCGUCUGUCAACCCCCCGCCGUCAAGCCAGAAACUGGGCGCUGCCGACGAGCAGAGGCCGGUGGUUCCCGAGAGCGAGGGGGAGGAAAGCGAGCGGGACGGCGCGAGCAGCCUGGCGCCCGCGGGGCAGCAGGAGCUCGACCCCGGAGACCUCAGCCCUGGGGACGUCCCACAAGGAGAAGACAUGCUGAACGCCAUCCGGCGCGGCGUCAAGCUGAAGAAGACGACCACCAAUGAUCGCUCGGCACCUCGUAUUUCCUAGGAGGGAAGCAGCUGCCAGAGUACCAAGCCGCCGAGAAGGAACUGGGAGGAAAAGUAGUUUGUCUUAUCCAUUCCGAUCCGUAAUCAAUGAAUUUCUUAAGAUCCUCAGUAACAGACGGUCUGACAGUACUCUGAAAGAGAAACCAUGGUGAAAGAGCGUAGUAAGACAUAAUCUUCACUGGUGUUUUAAUUUGUAAAUAACAAUGAUUUGUUUCCACAUUUUUUUGAUCUAAGUUACACUUUUAAUUUUUUCUGAAGGUGCCAAAUCCCAUUUACCUUUUUUAUAACUCUUUGUAAAGUUUUAAAUCAUAGGAGAAAAAAAAAAAGUUGAGUAGUUUAACUUCAGCAAAGGGAUUUAAUGAGAAUUUGGCUUUUUUGCAAGCUUUUGUAGAGCCUUGUAAUAGUGAGGUUAAAAAAGCAAACAGUGGGACUUAUUGUAAAGUUUAAGUCGAGCAGUGAGGAACAGAUCCUCAUUCGAGUGUUAAAAAAGGAAGUUUGAAGAGCGGGACUAAAAAUUGACAAUGAAAGCAAUAUAUAAUGCAAGGAAGAAACCUGCAGUUGGUAGAGUAUUUGGGUGUAGGGGGGGAGGGAGAUGCCAUCAAAAUAGCAGAUGCUGUUGCACAAAAGUAGCCUAGUAGGAGUAAUUACUGGUAGCUUCAUGGUAAAUGCAUCAGAAUAAGCCAUAUUGGAUUGCAGUGUUUUGUUUCCGUAGGGUGUUUUAAAGACUGUUGUUUUUCUUUUUGCCACAUUUCUUUCUGACUGCACAGCACCAACUCUCAGUCACAUGCAUGCAGCCGUCACUGUGUAGGCUCAGUUCCUCCGCCCUCACCUUCUGUUCCACCCAUCCUCUCACCGAAUACAAACAAGGACAACAGGCUGAAGGCAGUUACAAAGGUGAAAAGGAUUCUAAACAGCAAGCAGGGAGUUCUUAGAUAUUAUCAAAAUGCCUUUUUCUGACCGUGCCCAGCAGGCUGGGCACCUUGGGAAGCCCAAAUAUUUUGAGAAAACACGUAAGGAUUUGACAGGCGUAAGCAGCUUGUGGUCUACUAAACUGCAGAUGUUCCUUUCCAAUACAGGGGCUUGUUUUUCUUACCUUCUUUUAAAUGGCAGUCGAUUGGCCUUUCUUAAAUACUGAAAAAAGGGGCUGAAGGGUUGGGGGUGGGGAGAUACGCCGUUUUUUAUUUGAUAAUACCGGGAGUCUGACCACUGUAUUCUC